AUGUCGACGAUUAAAUGCACAAACUGCAAAUGUUAUAAGGAUAUCGUGGAUUAUGAUCUCGAUAGGAAUGGCCGGCACCGUAAAUCAUGUCGACCAUGUUUGGCUCGCUUGCGUGAAUAUACACGUCGUCGAGCAGAAGCCAGACGGCGACAAAUUGCGAACAAUGAAGAGCCAUCUCGGCCGCCAAUUCAACCUGCGGUACCAUUAGCAUUCCAAUCGUCACGGGCCCGUUGGACGCCAUUGGGGUUGGGCAGAAUGACAGUGAUUUGUCCUUCAUGUCAAGCUUUACAUUGGCUAAACGAGCGCGUGCAAGGGAGUUCAAUCACGUUACCGCGGUUUGAAAAUUGUUGCAAGAAAGGCGAUGUUCAAUUGCCGGCAUUGGAACAAGCCUCCGAGUACCUACGGUACCUCCUCAAAUCAACUGAUACAAUUGCUAGACAGUUCCGUAGCCGCGUUAGGGAGUACAACUCCGCUUUGACCUUUACUUCCGUUAAAUAUACCUCAGAUGAACGCAUCGACCAUCAAGCUGGGGGGGUUACAUGCUUCCACAUCCAUGGCGAGUUAUACCACCUUCAGGGGCCCGUGACUGCAGCAGCAAACGAUAUGCCCGCUUUUGCUCAGUUAUAUUUCUAUGACCCACUCUACGCUGCACAAAUGAUGCAGCAGGGACAUCCAACUCUAGAUAUUGCGGUUUUGGAACGGUUGACACAAGAGAUACACACAGUCAAUCCAUUUAUUCCAUUAUACAAGACAGCGAAGGAAAGAUUGGAAGCGGCAUCCUCACAAGAUGGAGAUGUAUGUGUCUUACUUAAUCCGCAAUUGCGGUUGAUAGUGGAGAGUGGAGCGGACAAGCGGAGACACAAUUUGCCUACAAGCAAUGAAGUCGCUGCGAUUAUCCCGGAUGAAUAUGGUGAAGCAGGAUUCCGGGAUAUUGUCUUAGCACAUAGAAAUCCAGAUGCCAAUAGGCAGUUUAGUAUAAUUGAUCCUAAUCAUGCCGCUUAUAUGCCCUUACAUUAUGUUCUGCUAUUUCCAAAUGGUGAAAGGGGUUGGCAUUGGGGCUUACGGCUGCAGGAUGAGUUGAACCGACGGAAGAAUUUAAGGUUACAGCAACGCGAAUUUUACAGGUACCGACUACAUACCAGGACGACUGAACCCAUGACUUUGUUCCUCUCGCAACGCCUAUUUCAGCAGUAUUUGGUAGAUGCUUGGGCUGUUUGUGAUCAGAAUAAGUUGAAUUGGCUUCGACUGAAUCAGGCAAAUAAUCGGGCUGAUCUGUACAAUGGGUUGGCGGAUAAUAUGCGGCAAGAGGACUUCAACCCGGAACAAACCGGGAAGCAUAUCAUUCUACCACGAAGCUAUACAGGAGGCGACCGAUACAUGCUGCAGUUGUUCCAGGAUUCCAUGGCUAUAGUCCGUCAUUUUGGGCGUCUCUCACUAUUUGUUACCUUUACCGCGAAUCCAAAGUGGGAAGAGAUUACUGUGGAGUUACUACCGGGGCAAACUGCUGUUGAUAGGCCAGAUUUAGUUGCAAGGGUGUUCCAUCUCAAGCAACAACAACUCCUCCAAGAAAUAAAGCGUAAACACAUCUUUGGUCGCUAUCUUGGGUCUGUAUGGACCAUUGAGUACCAAAAGAGAGGGCUGCCACAGAUGCAUCUACUGAUAUUCCUUCAUCCGGAUGAUCGCUUUCUGACAGCAGAGAGGAUCGACGAAAUUGUGUGUGCAGAGUUACCGGACCCCGCAACUGAUCCUACGGGGGAACUAAAUGCAAUCAUUCCAAGUUGUAUGGUACACGGUCCAUGUGGAGAGGCCAAUAUGCGAUCACCCUGCAUGGCUUCAAAGGAGAAUGGGGGACCAACUGCAUGUUCGAAACGGUACCCUAAGGCCUAUCAAUCAGAGACAGUUGUACAGGAGGAUGGCUAUCCACUGUAUAGAAGACGUAAUGAUGGCACAACCUUUUCAGUGGCAGUAAGGGGCUCAGGGUUUAAUCAAGAGUAUCAGAUGGACAACAGAUGGGUGGUUCCAUAUAAUCCUUAUCUUUCUUUACGGUAUAAAGCUCAUAUCAAUGUCGAGAUCUGUGGGAGUGACUCGGAUGAAAUUACUAGAUACCUCCAUGGGCGUUAUAGAGGACCCACUGAGGCUGUAUGGCGUUUGUUCGAAUACGGGAUGCAUGAAGAAUACCCGUCAGUCAUUCACUUGGCUGUUCACUUGCCUGGCGAGCAACCGGUAUACUAUGGGGAUAACUCUAAUCGGGAGGAGUUGAUACAGAGGAUGCAAAACUCGAGAACUACACUGAUAGCUUAUUUUGAGUACAAUACAGAGCACGAGGAUGGUACCCAGUAUCUCUAUCAAGAUUUCCCGGUGUACUUUACCUAUGACGCUAAAUCGCGGAAGUGGGCAUCCAGGAAGAAAGGUGUGGCUAUUGGACGUAUGUGGCAUUGCAAUCCUAUGAUGGGGGAGAAAUACUAUAUGCGUUUACUGUUAACCGUGAUCCCUGGCGCAAGAUCUUUUGAUCAUCUGAAAACUGUCAAUCAUGUGCUGUUUCCUACAUUCAAGGCUGCAUGCAUUGCCCUUGGCUUAUUGGACGAUGAUCAAGAAUUCAAGUCAAAUAUCUGCGAUGACUUGCCCCGAGUUAUGGAAAGAAACACAGGUCUCAUUAUCCCCCCUGAGCUUCCGGAUGCCCACCUGGACUAUGGCCUCUACCUGAUAUCACAGAUUCUUGCCGACUCCAAUAGAACGCUUAACGACCUUGGAUUGCCCCUCUAUACAGUGGAUUGGAACCGAACAGGUGGGAACGAGAUGAUUGCAUCAGAACUACGAUAUGAUGUGGUUGCGGAAGCGGCAAGUCUACAGUUGAGGAUCUCACAACUCAAUUCAGAUCAGUUGGAAUGCUUUAAUACUAUUACACACAGUAUUGAAGAAGCUGCGUCAGCCUUAUUAUUCAUUCAAGGACCCGCAGGUACUGGAAAAACGUUCCUAUACAAUGUCAUCUGUAACCAUUUCCGCUCCCAGGGUAAGAUCGUGCUUUGUGUUGCCUCUUCUGGCAUUGCGGCACAGUUGCUCCCUGGAGGCAGAACAUCCCAUUCCAGAUUCAAAAUUCCGAUUGCUAUCCAUGAGGGCUCAACAUGUGACAUCAAACGGGGCAGCCUGUUGGCCGGUUUAAUUCAAAAGACCGCGCUGAUCAUCUGGGAUGAGGUACCUAUGCAGAAUAAGUAUUGCUUCGAAGCGGUUAGCCGGACCCUGAAUGAUAUAUGUAGUGUGAGUGAUGAUUGCCUGUUUGGAAAUAUUCCGGUCGUACUCGGAGGGGAUUUUGCACAGAUUUUACCAGUUGUGCAACGCGGUAAUAGGGCUCAGAUAGUGCAGGCAUGCCUACAACGGUCUUCUUUAUGGCAGCACUUCAAGAUAUUAAGACUCAAGAUCAACAUGAGGGUCCGAAAUGGUGUUGAGAAUGAGGCAUUUGUGGCUUGGCGUGGGCAGAUGAGCCAUGAUUCCCGAUGGUAUGGUAGAAUAUCUCUACCACCAUACAUCCAGAGCUAUAAGACAAUUGAGGACCUUUGUAUGCAUGUAUUCCCACGGCAUAUAAUUGAAUCUGCUCCAACAAAUUACACCGCAUUCUCAAAGCGGGCGAUUCUGGCGAUGAGAAACGAUACAGUCGCUGAGUUCAAUGAUAGAGUUCUACAGCAAAUUCAAGGCGAGGUGCACAUGUACUAUUCGGUAGACACUGUUGACAGCGGGAAUUCAGAAGAGAAUGCAAACCUGCUACCUCGAGAAUAUCUGCAGGGUCUCAAUCCAUCUGGCCUCCCACCAUCUAUCAUCAAACUAAAGGUAGGGGCGCCCAUAAUUCUACUCCGUAAUCUAUUUCCGAAGGAAGGUCUCUGCAAUGGAACACGAAUGACGGUAACUAAACUGAGUGUACGGUGUAUCGAAGCCAAGAUUCUGGGUGGUGAGUUUGAUGGUGAGCCAAAGGUUAUACCACGUAUACAGCUUUCAUCCAUUGAGGGAGAUCUACCUUUCACAUUAAUGAGGAGGCAGUUGCCUAUUCGGCUAUGCUUUGCGAUGACCGUCAAUAAAUCGCAGGGUCAAUCACUGGAUGUUGUUGGGGUUGACUUGAGGUCUGAUCCCUUCACUCACGGGCAGCUCUAUGUAGCACUCUCGAGAGUCACAGAUGUAGCUGGCUUGAUGGUGCUGCAACGAGAUGAGACACCGCCUCAAACAGACAACAUUGACAUAAAGGAUUUGUGCUGGAGGCAGUUGAAGGACUCGGAGGUUCUUGGUAAGGGAAGGGAAAGAGAGGUGGGUUACGGUAUUGGGUGUAGGAUGGGGGAAUGGAAGAAGCCGGAGGACUGGGUAUCGAAUGAUAGAACAAAUUCGGGAAGUGGUGGAAAGGAUCAGGGCAUGGAGGAAAUAGGAUAG